AUCCAGAACCAUCCUCACCAAAACCAAAACCAACUCAGCAAACUCAACCAAAAAAAAAUGUCAAACGCAAACAGUUCGACUAAUGGCGGAUACAACUACUACCAACCAACUGAUAUCCAAGCAUACCACCAAUCCAACAACUACAACAACAUCGGAUCAUCAGCAACCGCAUACUACGACCCAGCAGCCAUAGCCAUCGCCAAUGCCACCGGGAUCAACCCUCAUCACCCAGGAUCCACUGGAGCGUUCAACAACAACAACCAUCAUCACGGUAAAUCACUCGACCCCAACUUCGAUGCCAACGUCGCCGCCCAACAGUCCAUCUAUACUCCCGAUGCCACUGCCAUCCAUCAUCAACAACUCCAAAACCAACACCAGCAACAACAGCAACAGCAGCAACAGCAACUUCAACAGAUGAUGCCUCAACAAGCUAUCUCAAAACUUAAUAAAGGAAAAGCUAGACCAACAGUCAUUCGGAAGGCCGGCGGUGAAGUUUGGGAAGACCAAACUCUAAUGGAAUGGGAUCCAGCCCAUUUCCGAUUAUUCGUAGGAGAUCUAGCGCCAGAAGUGUCAGAUGAUGGCUUAGCAGCGGCGUUUUCGAAGUGGAGUUCGUUUGUGAAGGCGCGGGUGGUGCGGGACAAAGUGACGACGAAAUCGAAGGGGUAUGGGUUUGUGUCGUACAAGGAUCCGGAGGACUUCAUGAAGGCCUGGAAGGAGAUGAACGGCAAGUAUGUCGGCAGUCGGCCGAUCAAGAUCUCCAAGGCCACCACUAAGGUCGGCGUCGUCCAGAUCGGUAAUAAAAAGGCUAGAUCCCUCGACGAUCAUCGUAAGAAGAAACUCAUCCAAGGCGUCGAACGCUUGCGCACUGGCGCUGGCGCCGUUUGGAAGAACGAUAAUCGGCCUUAUGCUCGUAGAUAAAUUCUACCCCCUCUCCCCUCUUGUUUUUCGUUUUUACUUUUGGCUCUCUCUUUGUACCUCUUUUUUUCUUCGUUGGCGGUAUUCAUGUACUUGAAAAAUCAUCUCACAUCCCUCAUCAUCAGAGAUCAUCUAUCAUUCUCUCAUUAGAAUUGGUUGGAAAAAAUAAGCGCUUUUCACAUGAUGUAAUGUCGAGCAACAAAGCUCUCGAUUUCUCAAAAUUAUAUCUCCUCACUAAACAGGAGCCCCGUGCAGUGGUGGGGACAUCGAAGCUGCUCU